CCCUCUUAGGCUUCGCUCGGCUCCACCUCUCUCCGCCCCCCUCCCGGGCUCCCGAGGAGAGACGCGACUGGGAACCUUCUCCCUGAGGGAGCCCCGGCUGCUUUAGCGGGGCCUGGACUGCUCACUCCCGUGUUGGGAAAAUGAGCGAACGGGCUCAGUGAGUCCCCUCAGCGGGCGUCGGCCGCAGCUGAUUUAGCUGUAGCGGCGGAGGGGGGGGCGCGGCCCGGCCCGGCUGGGGCCGCUCAUGGUGUCGCCACGACGCCAUCGCGGCGCAGGACGGCCAGGUUUGCAAAGCACUUUACAAAUCUUGGUCCUAAGAAGACAGCUAGGUGGUUCAGUGGAUGGCGCUGGGCCUAGAGUCAGAAAGACCUGACUCUUAAUCUGCGGGAGAAAGAAGUAACAAAGUACUGCAGUAUCUUUGCCAAGAAAACCCCAUGCAGGGUCACAGAGUCCAGCAUGAGGUGAUUUGAAUUCUUCAGUUUGUAAUAGUCUCAGUUGUGCAAAGCUUUCAAACUUUUUUCAAGACCUAAAAAAGGCCUUUAAAGGGAGGUCAGUUCAAGGCCCUUUAUUUGCUUCAUGAUUGUGAAAUAAUUUGCAUUUAUAUUAGACUGCAAAUGGUUUGGGUAUUUAUCAUGAACCGAAUGAAUUCCCAGAGCAAUGCUUUUACUCAGCGGAGGCGAAUGGCUCUUGGAAUUGUUAUUCUCCUACUUGUGGAUGUUAUAUGGGUUGCUUCUUCAGAACUUACUUCAUAUGUUUUUACUCAAUAUAAUAAACCAUUCUUCAGCACCUUUGCAAAAACAUCAAUGUUUGUUUUAUACCUCUUGGGCUUUAUAAUUUGGAAGCCAUGGAGGCAACAGUGUACAAGAGGAUUUCGUGGACGACAUGCUGCUUUUUUUGCAGAUGCUGAAGGUUACUUUGCUGCUUGUACUACAGAUAAUACCAUGAAUAGUUCUUUGAGUGAACCUCUGUAUGUUCCUGUGAAAUUUCAUGACUUGACAAAUGAAAAAUCUGACAGUACAAAUGGUGAGAAUGAAAAAACACCCAAAAAGUCUCGUGUAAGGUUCAGUAAUAUUAUGGAGAUCCGACAACUUCCAUCAAGCCAUGCACUGGAAGCCAAGUUAUCUCGAAUGUCAUAUCCUGCUGUGAAAGAACAAGAGUCAAUCCUGAAAACUGUAGGGAAACUUACUGCAACUCAAGUAGCAAAAAUUAGCUUUUUCUUUUGCUUUGUGUGGUUUUUGGCAAAUUUAUCAUAUCAAGAAGCACUUUCAGACACACAAGUUGCUAUAGUUAACAUCUUGUCUUCAACUUCUGGACUUUUUACUUUAAUCUUAGCUGCAGUGUUUCCAAGUAACAGUGGAGACAGAUUUACUCUUUCUAAACUGUUAGCUGUCAUUUUAUGCAUUGGAGGUGUUGUGCUGGUAAACCUUUCAGGGUCUGAGAAAUCUGCUGGAAAAGAUACAAUAGGUUCCAUCUGGUCUCUUAUUGGUGCCAUGCUUUAUGCUGUCUAUAUUGUUAUGAUUAAAAGAAAAGUAGACAGAGAAGAUAAAUUGGAUAUACCAAUGUUCUUUGGUUUUGUAGGUCUCUUUAAUCUGCUGCUGUUAUGGCCGGGGUUCUUUUUACUUCAUUAUACUGGAUUUGAGGCCUUUGAAUUUCCCAAUAAAUUAGUAUUAAUGUGCAUUGUCAUUAAUGGCCUAAUUGGAACAGUUCUCUCAGAGCUGCUGUGGUUAUGGGGCUGUUUCCUUACCUCAUCCCUGAUUGGUACACUUGCACUAAGCCUUACAAUACCUCUGACCAUAAUAGCUGAUAUGUGCUUGCAAAAGGUGCAAUUUUCCUGGUUAUUUUUUGCAGGUGCUAUUCCUGUGUUUUUUUCAUUUUUCAUUGUAACUCUCCUAUGUCAUUAUAAUAACUGGGAUCCAGUGAUGGUGGGAGUCAGAAGAAUUUUUGCCUUUAUCUGUAGAAAACAUCGAAUUCAGAGAGUUCCAGAAGAUAGUGAGCAGUGUGAGAGCCUCAUUCCUUUGCACAGUGUUUCUCAGGAGGAUGGAGCUAUCUGCUGUUCAUAAAUUAUAGCUUGAAGAUGAAGCACUAAACAAGCGAAGAGACAAUCUCUAACAAGGUUAUAUAGAAAAAAUAUUUCAGUGCCUACUCCAAAUUUAAAAUAAUAGUUUCAGUUGUUUGAAACUCUAAAAUAAAUAUUUUCUCCUCAUUCUUGUGUUAUUAAGUUUUAUAAGGAACUAUUUUGCUACAAACAUCACUACAAGUAUAGGAUAUUCUGGUUAAUCUAAAGAACCGACUUGCUUUACAGAUCUCAUGGGGUUCAGUUGGUGAAGUUGUCAAGGAAGAAAAAUGCUGAAGUUCAAGAGACCUUUUGUUUUUACAUUUUUUGUUAAAUGCUGGACUAUAGAACUAUUUGUAAGAAAUCCUCAAAGUCUUUAGUUCAUUUCUUUUAGGAGAAAUGCAAAAGGCUAUGGUGCCUUGUAGGUACGGAUUAUAUUUUUGCUUGUACAAGCUGUUGAAUAUAAACACCACAGAAAUGUAGCUUAAUUUAUGAAAUAAUGCAUUUUUUUUCAAAUCUGAGAUUAAAAAAUAAAUCUUUGGAACAGGAUCUUUUGUUUUGUUAUACAUAUACUAUAUAAUUUUUGUAAAAUUUUUUGUAGCAUUAUGUGCCUUAUGUGUUUGACGAUCCAGAGCAAGUUUUUAAAGGGGAGAUAGUAUUAUAAGAAGGAUUAAGUACUUCUCAAGGUUAUUGAUAUAUAAACUUGACUUGCUAAAGCUGUUUAAUAUAAAGGUUGAAUGGGUCAGUUUUCAAUGAAGAAAUUUUCAUAAUGGAAUAGUUUAGGUUGAUGCGAUAUGGCCCAUUAUUAAAAUAAAGUACUGUUUAAAGUGUUAUUUGUAUGUAUGUGUAUUACAAAUGAGUCAAACAAUUACUAGCUUUUCCACAAGCUUAAAUGUGUCCUUUUAUUUUAGAACUAUAAACUUCCUUAGUUUUGUAUUUCUAAAUGAGCUUUUAAAUAAUUAAACUAAAUUGAGAGGCCAAAAAGAGAUUGUCACUUGAGAGUUUUGUUUGUUUUUGUACCUUAAUAAAAAGCCCACUAAGAUAAAUUAUACACAAAACAUUUAGCUCUAGAUAUGUUUCUUUAGAUUCUUGAAUGUAUCCUACUCUGCAGCUGCUCUUGGAUUCUUAACCACUGUAGAUGGCAGGGAAUUGAUGAAUCUUCUGAUUUUUCCAUGCUUAUAACUAAUGAAUAGCCUCUUCCCUUUUCAAGUUUUUAAAGAAAGUAAUUUAGUUUUCAUUAAAACUACUAAUUAGAUUGACAUUUUAAGAUUCACUUUGUAGCAAUGUUACUUUAAUCUGCUUCAUUUAAAUUCUUAAGUUCUGUGGCAAUAGUUUUUAAGCAUUCUUGUUACUGAAUUGUUACUGAAAGUAUUUUUACAUCAUAAUAGUUAGGCUACUUUUUUUUUUAAUGCAGCAUCAUAGAUAAAUAUUUGCCCACUUUUCCAGAACUAGUGAAAGUUUUAGCCAGCCCAAAUUAAUUUCAUUUUGGUUCUUUGUGUUAUCUUUAUAUAUUGUGUAAUUAGGGAAAAUGAAAAGUAUUUUGUACUUAUUUUAGAAUCAUCAUACUCAUUUGGACUUAAAAUUAUUAGCACAUGCUCUUAAUUUUUUUGCUGCCUACCGUUUACUUAAGAAGUGCCUUUACCAGAUCCACAUCUAUAAAGAGGGAGAUAUAAUAAACAAAUGAAAAAAUUUGUCUUCUGAAUUUACUAAAUGUGUUGGUGAAAGAGUCAGAAAUGAUAUAACUCAAAUGAAGUUUGGUGAUACUUCCCUACUUGGGGUUGUUGCUCAUUCUCAUCGACUAAUUAGGUUAUUUCAUAACUACAGUGUGGCAGUAGAGAUUUAUUCUCAGAGAUAAUUGAAGACAUUUAAAAAUAUUGUCAGUACUGAGAGACAGUAAAUUCUCCAGCUACCUUGCUGAUAUUUAGAGUCAACUUCUUCAAAGGGUACUCUUUUUUUUUUUUUUUUUUUUAAUAGGGAUUCUUUCAUCCCUUUGGCAAUCUGAAGAAACUCAUGGACCAUUUUCAGAAAAAUGUUUUUAAAUACAUAAUAUAAAUUCAUAGGAUUACUAAGAAAACCAGUUUAUUGAAAUAUAGCUAUCAGAAUAUAUUUUUAAAAAGUUUAAAGACCUCAGGUUAAGAAGCUUUGAUCUAGACCACAGCUUCUUAAAUGUUUUCCAUUCACGAUCUUUUUCCCCCUAAUAAAUUUUUAUGUAGGCCUAGGUGUAUAAAUAUCUAAAAUAGAUAUACAAAUCAAACAUUUACUAAUAGCAUAAUUUUGCAACCCCACAUUGUUACAAGACCUCAUAUGGGGUCACAACCUAUGUUUAAGAAGCCUUGAUCUAGGUGAACAGGUAAGCUUAUUAACAUUUGAUUUCCUCAUCUAGUUUGUCUCCUUUUUUGUUGAAUGUUCUCCAGAGUUCAGCAAUUUGUUUUUGUAAAAAUGGAGAGGAGAGAUGUGGGAAAGAACUUUAUCUUUUCCCACUCAUUGUCUAGCUAACAGAAGAAUUUGUGUAUGGAUGCGUGUGUGCACGCAACUUUUAUUUUUGUUUUUGCACAGAGGAAAGGUAAGAAACCUAUCUAUGAAAAUUAAAAGUCACAUCUCAUGUUCUUGAUAAAUAUUAGCUUGGGUAUUGGUGACAAAUGAUCACACACAUUCAUCCUCUAAUGCACAGGUUGCCUCUUCUAAUUUCUGCUGAACCAUGUUUAGCCUAAUAGUACAGACAUAGUUUUGUUAUCUUGAGAAUUUUCUUCAUUCUAUACAUAAUUUAAAUGUCAUUAUUAUGAAAUCUGACCUUGAUCUAGAAAAGCUUGCUAUUUUUUUUGUUACAACAGAUUUUUUUUUUCUUUCAAAUGAGCAUCUGAAGGAACUAUAGUGGGGCACUUUUAAAAAUAUCUAAGAUGAGUGAGUGCCUUUUAAAACCUAGGAAAAGCCAUUAGGGUAUAUUGGCAACCAACUAUAUAUAUACUCAUUUCUUUAAAUAAUGUCUCAUAUGUUAUUGAGAUGUUGGCUUUUUAUCAGAAUGCCUUAAUUAAUUCUUUACAUUAAGCUGAUUUCCCUUCCCUCCCCCUCAUUCAUCUGCAGCUAAAUGAAUAAGGUAGUAUGUGAAGAAGUGACUUAGCAAGAUUAAAUGAAUAUUCUCUCAGGUAUAUUGCUUUAUUUUAAAAAGAAUGCUAAUAUCUGCUUUAAAAUCCAUCACUGAUAGCCAAUAUUAUGUCAAUUUGGGAUUCCACAAAGCAUGCUACUGUCUAUAAGCCAGGUUUUCCUUUUUCCUUUUUCUGACACAAUAUAGUAUUCACCUGUACUGUUUGGUUAGUUUAACCAAAUAGACACUUAAUAGAGUUUAUUGACUUAGAAUGAAAUAUGUUUUAAGAAAGGAGGCACUAAUUAGGAAAUCAUCCUGGGGUAAUUAAAAGGAAUGAUUAAGUAGUAUAAAUUAAACAUCAAAUUUAUUUAGUUCUUUUAAUCUUCCACUUCUCUCUAUAUGUAAAGGAAAGAAUAAGCAAGAGAACAUUAUAAGUAAUGCAUAAGAACUUAGUGCAAUGGAACAAGAAGUUAAUGGGGGGAGGGUAUCUGAAAUUUCAGUGAACCAAAAAUUUAGUGAACCAAAAGUUUUUUUUCAGGAUCACACAAGAUUUAACAACUUAUGCUUUUUUUUUUCUCCAAAAUAUGCAGUUUUCAACAUUCAUCCUUGCAAAACCUUGUUUCAAAUUUUUUCUCCUUCUCUUCUCCCCACCCCCUCCCUUAGACAGCAAGUAAUCCAAUAUAUGUUAGCUCCUUUAGACAAGUAAUACAAUGUAUGUUAAACUUGCAAUUCUUCUAAACAUAUUUCCAAAAUUAUGAUGCUAGAUAAGAAAAAUCAGAUCAAAAAGGGAAAAAAAAUGAGAAAGAAAACAAAAGUCAAGCAAAUCACAACAAAAAAGAUGAAAAUACUAUACUGUGAUUUACAUUCAGUCCCCCCAGUCCUUUUUGGACACAGCUGGCUCUCUAUCACAAGUCUAUUGGAACUGGCCCGACUCAUCUCAUUGUUAAAAAGAGCCAUGUCCAUCAGACUAGAUCAUCACAUAAUUUUCUUGUUGCUUUGUGACAAUGUUCUCUUGGUUCUACUUGCUUCAGUCAGCAUCAGUUCACGUAAGUCUUUUUGGGCCUCUCUAAUAUCCUGCUGAUAGUUUCUUACAGAAUAAUAUUUCAUAACAUUCAUAUAUUGUAGUUUAUUCAGCCAUUCUCCAACUGAUGGGCAUCCCACUCAGUUUCCAGUUCCUUGCCACUACAAAAAGGAAUGCUACAAACAUUUUUUCCCAUGUGGGUCCUUUUCCCUUUUUCAUGAUGUCUCUGGGACACAGGCUCAGAAACACUGCUUAUCAAAUGUAUGCACAGUUUGAUAAUUCUUUGGGCACAGUUCAUCUUGCUCUCCAGAAUAGUUGGAUCUAUGAGCUAAAAUUUUAAAGUAACAACAUAUCUGUAUUUAGUUUGACAGAUAUCACAGAAUUCCAUCAUGAAAUUCUCUUUAUGACAUGUUUCAUUAACACUUUAAAAUAUGGCAAAAACUUUUUUAUAUCAAAAUGUGCUUUUUAGACCCUUAAUUUCUUUAUAAGAAAUCUGUGCUCUUGUUUGGAUAUGUAUAUAAAUGAUACAUAGGACAAUAUAUCUUUUAUAAGGAAUGAUUCUUAGGAAUCUCUAUGUAGGAUUUGUUUUGGGUCCUUUAGGCUGAGCUUCUUGAUCAGUACCUUAUCAGGUACUUUUAUUUUUGAUACCUAGUGUUUCGCAUAGUACUUAAUAUAUAGUUGGCAUUAAAUAAAUGCUUUCUGGCUGAAUGAUUUACCUUAUCUCAUAUAAAAUAUGAGGCUCUGUGGUGUCACAUUACAGAAUUGGCCUCUAGAAUCAGGAAGACCUGAGUUUAAGUUCUGCUUCUGACACUCAUAUGUGACCUUGAACAAGUUCACUUGAUUUUCCAGAAGAAAUUAAGCAAAUUGAUUAAGGAAAUUCCUCACUCAGAGUUCCUUGCAUUGAUGAUGCACUAGAUAAAUAAAAAUAAAAACUAAAAUACAAACCAUUAGAAAUGUGUAAUUAUGGUAAUGGAAGGUUAUUCUUGCCCUUGGAUAUUUUGAUUCAUCUUAUUAGAAUGCCUUGAGAACACCUUGUUUCCGUUCUGAUAUUCUGAUUGAAAAAGUAGACAUCCACAUCAUAAAAAACAAGUCACUUAUUAUGAACAACAAUGCUUAUACUAUAAAGUAUAUAGGACUUCAGUUUGCAAAGUGCGUCUACAUAUAAUAUCUCAACUGAUCAGUGUGAUAUUGUGGGGUGGGAUAGACAAAUAAUCAUAUUUCACAAAUGAUACAGGUUCAGAUUAAGGGUCUUAUCCCAAGGCUACUUGGGUUAGCCUUUUUUGUCAUUUAAAAAAAAAAAGCAAAAACAGAAUCUAGUAGUCUCAAUUUGUCAAAAUCACAUAAUGACUGGCAUAAAAAGAGGAAAAUUUUCAUUUGCUACUUAGAAAAAUUCUUUGAAAUUUGCUUGUGAAAUGGUAACUUUAGAAUGAAAAAGGCCUGAAUCUUUGAUGGCAUAGACAUGAAUUAAUUUUCAAUUCAAUUUACUAAGUAUUUAGUAGCAUGUUAGUUCCAGUACCAUGACACUAGUUAAGAAACCUUGUUAUGAGACAAGUUCUAUGGCCUCAUAUUGUGUGGGUGUGUGUAUGUAGGGAGAGGCAUUGUUUCAGUUGAAAAUGUUUUUACUUUAUUUCAGAAUUGAUACUUUCUAAGAUUUCUUCCAUAAAAGCAAAAGAACUACUUUAAUACUUAUUGUCCAAAAUAUAUCAUUCCAAGUAUGGCGUUAUUUUCCUUUGUAAUUAUUUGGUAGUUAUUUUUAACUCGGGUACCAUUGAAAUCAAUAUGAUAAUGCCCACUAAUUUCAGUAACACUUUUUUUUUUUAAGCAAAAAAGCUUAAUAUACAGGUUGGAAAAUGCUGAUAAUAAGUCUUUUCCUGUAUGGUACAAAUAAAAGUAAGUAUAGCAAAAUGUCAUGAUCGAAUUUGGACUUUGUGUUGUAUAAAACCAUGGUGUAUUUUACUUAUUUAUUUAUUUUACCAUGCACACCCAAGUACACAUGAGAGAUAAUAUAGUGAGUAUAGGGAAGUAAGAAUCUCUACACCAAGUUCUAGUUCCAAUUCUACCACAAUUAGCUGUUGUAACCAUGAGCAAUUUAUGUAUCCCAUUGAAGUAUAAGUUCCAUGAGUUCAGGGACUUAUACUUAAGACUUUAAAUCUCUAGCCUUUAACAAAGUAUCUGGCCCUUAGUAGGUCCUUAAUAAGUUCCUGUAGAUGACUUGACUGCUCUGAACUUCAAUUUCUUAAUGUAUAAAAUGGAGGAAUUGGACUCUGAAAGUCUUUUUUGAGUUAGAUAUAAGUUUACUAUAAGAAAAAUUUCUAAAUAGUUGAGUUGUACUCAAGUGGAAAGUGUUCACACAUGAUAAGCUUCAGAGGUUAACUUGUUAGGAUUAUUGUGGAAAGGAUUCCAGUUCAGCUGCAGAUUGGAUUAGCUGAUCUCUGAAGUUUUUUUAAAAUCUGGUUCUUGAUUAGACUAAGGUAUCUUUGUGGGCUAUUUUAUGCUUUUUCUGAUUUUAAUAGGUUAAACAGUUUGUUGCCUGCUAAAGUUUUCAUACAUGGAGCAUAGUCAAUGUGUUUUAUUUUUACCAGCAAAAUUCUUUCAAAGUUUUCAAGUCAAAAUAUAGUUUAUGUGACAAGAAUUUAAAUGUAUACCUGACACUGGAUACAUGAUUAUCUUAUUUCAACAAUCCUUCACAUAAAUAGAAAGUGAAAUAUCUGUACCUUGCCAAACUGUUGACUAUGUUUGUUAAAUUAUGAGUUCUUUGCUGUAUCAGGUUUUAUCCUGGUGGCACAAUAAUGUUAAUAUAUUUUCCUAUGAUAGUAAUUGACUACCGUUUUAUUGGAAACUUCAGGCCACAGGCUACUUAAAAUGAAAUUCAAAGAAAAUGAGAUCAAGUAUUUUGUGAAUGUGGCUUUAUAAUUUAAUGAUCAUAGUUACUAUUAAAGUAAUAACUGAGUAUUAUGAAUUUAAAAAUCUUAAUGUGGGUUGUUUAAGGUAUUUUAUUAAAGUGAUUGUACAUUCUUUAACUUUUAAUCCCAACUUGUAAGAAAGAUAAAAUAAACAUAAAUGAAGACACAUUUUCCUCCCUGGACACCUAUUUUCUUUUCUACUGCAUAGAUUGGCUUGAGCUAAAGAAUUAAAAGUUUUUAAGGGUCUAUUGGGCAUGGCUUGGAUUUGUACGCAGAAACAAAAUGAAGUAUCUACAAUCUUCUAGAAAGCCUGGGAAAUUUUAGCUGUGAAUAAAGUGUAUUUAAGAGUAGGAGAGGUGAGGCCACGUUCUUUGAAUAUUAUUAUACAACAUUUCAUUAAAAUACUGUUGGAACAUUAACUGGGGAAAAAAUCUUUAAAAUAAUAAAUUGAGAAAAAAUAUUCAGAACAUUAAGAAUUUUUAUGCCCCUUUUCUAGCAUAAAGUAAAUUAUGAUGGUAUAAAAAUCUAUUUCAUGUAUCAUAGUGUAACAGAAAUAGUGAAAUUAGUACAUUUUGAAGCAAGUCUUUAUAAUCAAGUGUGUAAUGGAAUAAGAUUACCUAUGUAGAAGAAUAACAUUUAGGGUUGAGAGAUUUUAAAGAAAUUUUUAAAAACUGUUUUUUGUUUUUUGUAUAACUUUGUGCCAUAACUUAAAAUAUCAUUUCUUAAAUGUUUUAGCAUAUAUUGCAUUUGCAAAUCUGUCUUGGAUCAAUAUAGUGGUUGCUCUCGUAAUCAGCAUUUUUAAUAUUUCAUUUUAUCUUUCUCCAUUCAGUAGGUGGCCUUUUCUAGGUGAGUAAUUUACAUGACAAUCAUUAGAAAGAUAACUAAUAGACCCAGUCAGGUACUUGCAGUGAAAUAUUGUUACAAAUGAAGGAUAAAUUUCCUCAUAAGAUUAAAUUUUUUCAGGUGCAUUCUUAUUUGAUUUAAGUGACAUAAUACUAGUUUUGCCUAAUGUUUAUUACAACUUUUGGUUUUUUGACUCCACAAUUUUUAAUAAAGUAUCAUUCUUAAGAAACUGACAUUUGAAAUUAAAAUAUAAAUAGAAUAUAAAAUUUUUGAGAUGCCUCAUUCUAGUUUUUAUGGUACAAUGGAAUCACUAUUAAAAAGAAUUAGGGGUGAGUAGUUUGAAAUAACAUUUUCUGUAGCAUUUAAUUGUUGAAUUGGGAAAGAUGGAUUCUGAUACUCAAAAUAUUUUUGUAUCUGUGCCAAAUCCCUGUGAAAUAAAUGUUUUUUUUAAAAAGUAAA